AUGGCUUCUGUAGCGACCACAACCGCCUACAACCCCAUUCUGACGCGCCCGUCAGACUGGCCCGCCUGGUACAACAGCCUAAAGAGGGUCGCCAACGACAGAGAGCUCCUUGACGCCGUCGACAUCAACAACGACGGGCUUCCUCCCCCCAAAGUCCUCCCCUACAGCUUCGAAGACUUCCUCGGCCGUCGGUACCCUCAAGCCACGCCCCGCACCGCUAUUGAACUACGCGACCUAGCCGACAAUGCAACCAUACAGCAAAUGCAGUCCUGGCGUUCGUUUGAGUCAGAACAACGCGAGAAGAAGAACUCCUACGAAAGGGAGAUUGACCUGGUUCGAGAGGUUAAGGAAUGGAUUCGCACGAACACUGCCGCCACGUACAUGAACCUCGCCGAAUCCGACAGAGCGACCCUGAAGGACAUUAUCAGGAAGCUCCAUUCCCUGGCCGCAGGAACAUACAACGCCAACUGGAUGAACACAGUGGUAAUGAAGAGCGCAGAGGCUGAGCUGAAGGGCUCUGAGCAAGAAGACCUGCCCUACUACGCCAACACAUUUAGGCUCGUCUGCGAAGUUGAACCAAGCAGGUCCAACAGCGCCUUCUCUACCUUCAACGGCAAGCCAGAGGGCGAUCGACCAACAUACACAUGCCCUUGUCGACCCGAUGCCGCCUUCCAUAAGCCAGAGAAGUGCUGGGGCCUGCGUGAAGUCAUCACAGAGAAGAAGGGCAAGCACCAUAUCCCGCAGAAAAGGCUCGACUAUACCCGGGAGCAGUUGGAGAAACCUGAGUGGAAAGACCUGACCGAGAAGAUCAAGAACGGCACCACCGAAGGGAAGAAGGACUGGCCGAAAACCGCCGCCAUGAUCUCUAUGAUCAACGCUCUCAACUACGGCCCUCACCCACUCUCACGAUCUGUCAUCUUUGAUACUGGGGCCUCGAUUCAUGUUGUCAACUCGAAGGCGAUGCUCGCCCCCGGUACGUUCACGCCCUCCACGGGUGAUGAUUCCAUUCAGGUCGGAGAUAGCCAUCUAGAAAUUGACGGCAGAGGCACCUGGGUCUUCCCUCGUUGGUAG